AUGGGGCCCAAGAUGAGGUGCUUUGUGUUGCUCCUGCUCUGGCAAGCCGUGAACGGGGACGUGAGCUACUCGCUGCAAGAGGAGCUGAAGCGCGGAUCGCAUAUUGGGAAUAUAGCGAAGGAUCUCAACCUGGACGUGAACAAACUGUCUUUUAGAAAUGCUCGUGUUGACGCCGCAGGAAAUCGCAAACGAUAUUGUGACAUCAAUCUCGCUACUGGGGACUUGAUUAUUUCCGACAGGAUCGACCGAGAGGAGCUUUGUGGAGAAAAACUGUCGUGUGUCAUAAAGCGCGAUCUCGUUCUGGAGAAUCCUCUGGAGCUGCAUCCAUUCAGUCUACACGUUCAGGAUAUUAAUGAUAACUCACCGCAGUUUAAUGAAGAAAUUAUCAAUAUUGAAAUUCAUGAGUCGGCUGACAAUGGAGCUCGCUUUCUGAUAGAGGAGGCGCACGAUGCAGACGUAGGUCAAAAUUCAGUUCAACAAUACAGCUUGAAGAAGAAUGAUAAUUUCAUUUUGGCUGCCAGUGGAAACACACUCGAGCUUGUUCUUGAUAAAGAGCUUGAUCGUGAAAAACAAGGGGACAUGAAUCUGCUCCUUACAGCUCUAGAUGGUGGCUCUCCUCAGAGAUCAGGUACCGUAGUCGUACACGUCACUGUGCUGGAUGCUAAUGAUAACGCCCCAGUUUUUAGCCAGGCCCUUUAUAAAGCCAGUCUGCCUGAAAACUCUCCUCUGGAUACUGUGGUGGUCACAGUGAGGGCAACUGAUGCAGAUGAGGGAGUGAAUGGAGAUGUGACUUAUGACUUUGGACACGUUACUGAAGAUGUGAAGAAGGUUUUUAGUAUUGAUCGCAAAAAUGGCAAAAUAACAGUAAAUGGUGCAAUUGACUAUGAAACUGAUACAUCAUUUGAUCUGCGCAUUAAAGCAAAGGAUGGUUUAGGAUUAUCGUCUUACACAAAAGUAAAUAUUGAUGUAACCGAUGUGAAUGACAACGUCCCUGUAAUCUUUAUGAAAUCCUUGAUAAAUGCAGUACCUGAGAACGUGUCACCUGGUUCAGAAGUGGGCAUCAUUAACGUGCAGGAUGCAGAUUCCGAUAGUAACCAAAAGGUUCGCUGCUCCAUUCAGCAAAAUGUCCCUUUUAAAUUAGUUCCCUCUAUUAAAAACUAUUAUUCUCUGGUGACCACAGGGGAACUGGACCGUGAACUAGUGUCAGAUUACAACAUUACAAUCUCUGCCACUGACGAGGGCUCUCCACCUCUGUCCUCCUCUAAAACUGUUCAGUUAUCUGUAGCUGACAUCAACGACAACCCACCUGUGUUUGAGGAACAGUCCUACAGCGCAUAUGUGACUGAAAAUAACAAACCUGGCUCAACGUUAUGUUCCGUUACUGCUCGAGACCCCGACUGGAGACAAAACGGCACAGUGGUUUAUUCUCUGUUACCUGGUGAGAUGAACGGUGCCCAGGUGUCCUCCUAUCUGUCAGUUAACGGAGACACGGGGGUGAUCCACGCUGUGAGGUCGUUUGAUUAUGAACAGUUCAGGAGCUUUAAAGUCCACGUGAUGGCCAGAGACAACGGUUCUCCUCCGCUCAGCAGCAACGUGACCGUCAGCGUCUUCAUAUCGGAUGUGAACGACAACUCUCCUCAGAUACUGUACCCCUCCCCGGAGGGCAACUCCUUCAUGACCGAGCUGGUCCCCAAAGCUGUACACGGAGGCUCUCUGGUGUCCAAAGUGAUCGCGGUGGACGCGGACUCUGGACAGAACGCCUGGCUGUCCUAUCAUGUAGUCAAAUCCACUGAUCCGGGACUUUUCACUAUUGGUCUCCACAGUGGAGAGAUCAGGACACAGCGGGACAUUUCUGAAUCUGACAGCAUGAAACAGAACCUUAUUGUGGCGGUGAAAGAUAACGGACAGCCCUCUCUGUCUGCCACCUGUUCCAUGUAUUUACUUAUUUCUGAUAACUUGGCUGAGGUGCCAGAGCUGAAGGAUAUUUCUUAUGAUGAGAAGAAUUCAAAACUGACCUCUUAUCUGAUCAUAGCGCUGGUCUCUGUCUCCACCUUUUUCCUGACCUUCAUCAUCAUCAUCCUGGGUGUGAGGUUUUGUCGCAGGAGAAAGCCCAGAAUGUUGUUUGACGGAGCUGUCGCCAUCCCCAGCGCUUAUCUCCCUCCUAAUUACGCAGAUGUUGAUGGCACAGGAACUUUACGCAGCACUUAUAACUAUGACGCCUACCUGACAACAGGUUCUCGAACCAGUGACUUUAAAUUCGUGACAUCUUACAAUGACAACACUCUGCCUGCUGACCAGACUCUGAGGAAAAGUCCGUCUGACUUUGCUGAUGCGUUUGGGGACUUAAAUGAUUCUCCUGAGGUAGGAACAUGAUUCUUAUCAUGUGUCCGUGAUGUGUUAAACGUAAAACAUGUUUAGUAUUCUCUCUCUCUCUUUCUCUGUUACUCACUCACUCACUCGAUCACUCACUCACUCACUCACUCACUCACUCACUCACUCACUCACUAUCUGACUGUUGCUGCUCUCUUCCUCUGUCCUUGGUGCUGAAAAACUGAU